GUGCCGCGCAGUGCAGUUGGUAAGGCGUCGGAAGGGGAGCUGGUAUCUCGGGUGCGCGGUCUCGUCGCUGGUUGACUUCACGCCGUCAAGAUGCCAGAGGAGGUACACACCCAAGAUCAGCCAAUGGAGGAAGACGUGGAGACCUUUGCCUUCCAGGCAGAAAUAGCUCAGUUGAUGUCCCUGAUCAUCAACACUUUCUAUUCCAACAAAGAAAUCUUUCUCAGGGAGUUGAUCUCUAACUCAUCUGACGCUUUGGAUAAAAUCCGAUAUGAGAGCUUGACUGAUCCAAGCAAGCUGGAUUCUGGAAAAGACCUGAAGAUCAAUCUUAUUCCUGACAAGCAUGAUCGUACUCUGACCAUUGUGGAUACUGGCAUUGGGAUGACCAAAGCUGACCUGGUGAAUAAUCUGGGUACCAUUGCCAAGUCUGGCACCAAAGCCUUCAUGGAGGCCUUGCAGGCUGGGGCAGAUAUCUCCAUGAUUGGUCAGUUUGGUGUUGGCUUCUACUCUGCGUAUUUGGUUGCUGAGAAGGUGACUGUGAUCACCAAGCACAAUGAUGAUGAGCAGUAUGCUUGGGAGUCGUCAGCUGGUGGAUCGUUCACUGUCAGACUGGACACUGGUGAGCCAUUAGGGCGUGGCACAAAGGUUAUCCUGCAUCUGAAGGAAGACCAGACUGAGUACUUGGAAGAAAGGCGAGUCAAGGAAAUAGUCAAGAAGCAUUCUCAGUUCAUUGGAUAUCCAAUAACACUCUUUGUGGAGAAGGAGCGUGAUAAAGAGGUGAGUGAUGAUGAAGCAGAAGAAAAGGAGGAAGAGAAGGAGGAAAAAGAAGAAAAAGCUGAAGAUAAGCCAGAGAUUGAGGAUGUUGGUUCUGAUGAGGAAGAGGAAAAGAAAGAUGAUGACAAGAAGAAGAAAAAGAAGAUCAAGGAGAAGUACAUUGACCAGGAAGAGCUCAACAAGACAAAGCCAAUUUGGACCCGGAACCCAGAUGACAUUACUAAUGAGGAAUAUGGAGAAUUCUACAAGAGCCUGACAAAUGACUGGGAAGACCACUUAGCAGUCAAACACUUCUCUGUGGAAGGGCAGCUAGAAUUUCGAGCACUCCUGUUUGUCCCAAGGCGUGCUCCUUUUGACUUGUUUGAAAACAGGAAAAAAAAGAAUAACAUUAAGCUGUAUGUGCGCAGAGUUUUUAUCAUGGACAACUGUGAAGAAUUAAUCCCUGAAUAUUUGAAUUUCAUGCGAGGUGUUGUUGAUUCAGAAGACUUGCCUCUAAAUAUCUCACGUGAAAUGCUACAGCAGAGCAAAAUUCUGAAAGUAAUCCGGAAGAACUUGGUCAAGAAAUGCUUAGAACUCUUUACUGAGUUAGCAGAAGAUAAAGAAAACUACAAGAAGUUCUAUGAGCAGUUUUCCAAAAACAUUAAGCUUGGCAUACAUGAGGAUUCACAGAAUCGCAAGAAACUUUCAGAGUUGUUGAGAUACUACACUUCUGCAUCUGGGGAUGAGAUGGUGUCAUUAAAGGAUUAUUGUACUCGGAUGAAGGACAAUCAGAAACAUGUGUAUUACAUCACAGGUGAAACCAAAGAUCAAGUAGCGAACUCUGCUUUUGUGGAGAGGCUUCGUAAACAUGGUCUGGAAGUGAUCUACAUGAUUGAGCCUAUUGAUGAAUAUUGUGUACAGCAGCUAAAGGAAUUUGAGGGGAAGACUCUGGUUUCAGUAACAAAAGAGGGUCUGGAGCUUCCUGAAGAUGAAGAGGAAAAAAAGAAACAGGAGGAGAAGAAAGCAAAAUUUGAAAGCCUCUGUAAGAUCAUGAAAGAUAUACUUGAAAAGAAAGUAGAAAAGGUUGUAGUUUCCAACCGACUGGUGACUUCUCCGUGCUGCAUUGUGACCAGUACAUAUGGCUGGACUGCUAACAUGGAGAGGAUUAUGAAGGCACAAGCACUCAGGGACAACUCAACAAUGGGCUAUAUGGCUGCCAAGAAGCAUUUGGAGAUAAAUCCGGACCAUUCUAUCAUUGAGACACUGAGGCAGAAGGCAGAAGCAGACAAGAAUGACAAGUCGGUGAAAGACCUGGUCAUUCUCCUGUAUGAGACUGCACUUCUGUCUUCAGGCUUCAGUCUAGAGGACCCUCAAACACAUGCCAACCGUAUCUAUAGAAUGAUCAAACUUGGUCUUGGCAUAGAUGAAGAUGAUACUGCUACAGAAGAAGCCAGCCCAGCAGUUACUGAAGAGAUGCCACCACUUGAAGGAGAUGAUGACACAUCUCGUAUGGAAGAAGUGGAUUAAAUGGCUGAUUACUUGAGAGAAAUUUGGAUAUUUCCUUUGCCCUUGGCUUUGAAUAAGUUAUAUUUUGUAUAUUAUGAAUGUUACCUGCCAAAAGUCUUGACACUUGUCUGCAUUCCCUCUUUAUAUUUAUUUUUGAAGAUGUUAUACCUUUAUUUUUGUUACAUUUGCUUUUUUUUUUGGUAAUGUGAGAUGCCAUUGAGGGAGUGUCCUUUCUUGAUGUAUAACACUGUACAAUCCAUACUGACAAGUAAGGAAUCUUGGUCGGUUAGUCGAUGGCAGGGUUUGAGAGUAGCUAUGGAUGGAAAAAGGGAGUAAGGGAAGUUCAACGUGUUCUGCAAAAAUGUUGCUGUUAAAUCUCUGAAGUUCUGAUAACUAAACAUCUAUAACAUACAAUGCCUAGUAACUAGGUAUUGGAACUGAAAAUAUUGGAAAUACUUGACACCUAAUUAAAAGUUCCAAGCCAUUGAUGUUUAGUCUUUUUUAUACUGUAAAAAGGAUUCUAAAUUCCACACUUAAAAUAGAAUAGAAUCUACUGUAAAUCUAUUGUGACUAAUGCAGUUUUGCAUGUACAGUUCUACUCUGGAAGUACAUAGAAAUAAAAGUGUUCUGAAUGAA